GGAAAAAACGCGGAGGUUUAAAUUAGAGAAUUUUCUAUAGAAAAAAUCGUAAAAAAUAUUUUAUAGCUUUCUGGUACUUUAAAAACUUUCAACUUUCAUAAACCUCCCCCUCAAAAUUACAAAACCUAUUGAAAAGUUCUGUUGCAUGCCUUGCACCGAGUGAGAGCGGUCUAAUCAAAUAAAGGAGAAGCGUAAACCUUGUUUUCCGGAGGACCCCCGACUUAUUUUCUGUCUUUUUUAUUUAUAUCGGAAUUGGAUACUCACCCAACAACGUCUUCUUCUUCUUCAACUCGUGAUGACUUUAACCUGAAUGGAUUUGGAAGAAGCCACGUGGCAGCAUCAAAUCGUGUCUCAUCGAGUGCCGACAACUCGAAUAUCAACGUUCCUCGUAACUAUCAUCUCGUUUUUGUUGGUUCUUGUAUUUUUCUCUACUUGUGUGAUGUGCAUUACAUAUAUUCGACGAAAACUAAAAAGAAGGCAUGAGAAUGGACUUCUAUGUCGUGCUGAAACAUCAGAAACUCUUAUUGAGUCCACGUUGAUCAAUAGUGACACUCAGACAAUGUAUAGCGCGAUUGAUGUUUAAAAUUGCUCUCCUUCAUUUUUUACUUGAUGUGUGAUUAUUUUUCUUAUCUGUAAAUAAAUAUCUUAUGGGUUCGUA